CAUUGCAAGCUUGCAACUACUUCAGAGAGAGCUGCCGUUGUUCGCCACUGUGUUUCUCGUUCCCAGAGAGGGGAAGAGAAAAUAGAGAGAUGGAGAUGUACAUGGAUGACAAGAGCAAGCUGCUGUUCAAGAAGUGCAGCCGGAGGUCAGCGGCGGCGGCCGGCGAGGGGAGCCCGGCAGGCCUCAAGGGCCGGGUGUCGUCGAGGGGCCAGGCCCGGUCGGUGCCUGGCCGGCUGGCGAGCCUGGUGAAGGAGCAGAGGGCCAGGUUCUACAUCAUGCGCCGGUGCGUCACCAUGCUGGUGUGCUGGAGGGACUAGUUCGUUAACCCUCUAGAGCCAUGGACCCAUCAGGUGCCUGUGAUUGGGCCCCAAAUUGGGUAUAGUGAUUGUUCUUCUUGGGAGAGAAAGAUCGGAGAUGCGCCUGUUCUGCGGUCAUCCUGUUGUUGAUAGUGUUCAUAUUGUGUCAGAAAAUUAGCUCCAUCUGCUGCUAACGCACAACAUUGUUGUAUAGCGAUAAUAUACUUCUGAUUUUCAGUCCAAAUUAGGGUUCUUGUUGCAAUGUUUUUAUACUGGUAUUAUAAGUCUGAA